AUGGUUAAACACCAACCACUGCAGUACUACGAGCCACAACUAUGUCUGUCCUGUCUGACCGGGAUCUACGGCUGCCGCUGGAAACGGUACCAGCGGUCACAUGAUGACACCACCAAGUGGGAGCGACUUUGGUUCCUCAUCCUCACCUCAUCCUUCUUCCUGACCCUGGUGUGGUUUUACUUCUGGUGGGAAGUUCACAAUGACUACAAUGAAAUCAACUGGUUUUUAUAUAAUCAAAUGGGAUAUUGGAGUGACUGGUCCAUUCCAAUACUCGUAACAACUGCUGCUGGUUUUACAUACAUUACAGUGUUACUGAUACUGGCACUAUGUCACAUAGCUGUGGGACAGCAAAUGAACCUGCACUGGCUUCACAAGAUUGGCCUGAUGACCACCUUGAUAACUACAGUGGUGACCAUGUCAUCAAUAGCACAGCUCUGGGACGACGAGUGGGAGGUGGUAUUUAUAUCACUGCAGGCCACAGCCCCUUUCCUGCACAUAGGAGCACUGGCAGCAGUCACAGCCCUGUCCUGGUUGGUGGCAGGGCAGUUUGCACGGACAGAGAAAGCCACUUCUCAGAUGCUGAUGUUCACUGCAUACCUGGCAGUUGUAGUUGCACUUUACCUCGUCCCCCUCACCAUCUCAUCCCCUUGCAUAAUGGAGAAGAAGGCCCUGGGACCAAAACCAGCCAUCAUAGGUCACCGUGGAGCACCAAUGUUGGCACCAGAAAACACUCUGAUGUCCUUCCAGAAGGCAGUGGAGCAGAAGCUGUAUGGAGUCCAAGCUGAUGUCAUACUGAGCUAUGAUGGAGUCCCAUUUCUGAUGCAUGACAAGACACUCAGGAGAACAACCAACGUGGAGGAAGUGUUCCCAGGGCGGGCCUACCAACACCCCUCCAUGUUCAACUGGACUGACCUGGAAAAGCUCAAUGCUGGAGAGUGGUUCCUACAGAAUGACCCUUUCUGGACGGCUGGGUCCCUCUCAAGGUCUGACUACUUGGAAGCUGCCAACCAGUCAGUCUGCAAGCUGGCAGAUAUGUUAGAGGUGAUCAAGGACAACACAACGCUCAUCUUGAACUUCCAGGACCUGCCAACAGCUCAUCCCUACUACAGCACCUACAUCAACAUCACCCUGGAAACCCUCCUGGCAUCGGGCAUUCGGCAGCAGGCUGUGAUGUGGCUGCCGGACACGGAGAGGCAGCUGGUGAGACAGAUUGCACCAGGUUUCCAGCAGACUUCUGGCCUCAAGCUGGAUGCAGAGCACCUGAGGGAGAAGGGCAUCGUGAAGCUCAACCUGCGCUACACCAAGGUCACCAACGAGGAUGUCAGGGACUAUGCCAUGGCCAACCUGAGUGUGAAUCUCUACACUGUGAAUGAGCCCUGGCUGUUCUCCAUCCUCUGGUGCACUGGUGUCCAGUCGGUCACCUCCGACAGCUCCCACCUCCUUCGCAAGGUGCCUUUCCCCAUCUGGCUCAUGCCUCCAGAUGAGUACCACCUGAUCUGGAUCACGUCUGAUCUCAUUUCCUUUAUCAUAAUUGUAGGAGUUUUUAUAUUCCAGAACUAUCACAUGAUCAGGUGGCGCAUGGGGAGCAUCAGGACCUACAACCCGGAGCAGAUCAUGCUCAGCGCUGCCGUCCGCCGGUCCAGCAGGGAUGUCAAGAUCAUGAAGGAGAAGCUGAUCUUCUCGGAGAUCAACAGCAGCGUGGAGACCACGGACGAGCUGUCUCUCUGCUCUGAGAAUGGCUUUGCCAACGAGCUGGUCACCCCCACGGACCACAGGGACCCCAGGCUGCAGAUGAACUGA